AUGUGGGUGGCCAGCGAUGGUUGGGGAGCGUUGGAGAGCGUGGUGCUGGGCAGUGAGGAGGUCGCUGAAGGUGCCAUCACCAUAGAGCUGGCAUCGUACCCGCUGUGGGAGUUCUCAAAGUACUUCCAGUCUUUGCACCCCUUCAUAACACACACGCAAUCCUUGGUUCAGGGAAUUCUGGGAAAACAAGUUCCAUUGUCGGCUCGACACCUUGGACUGCAUGAGGCACACACUGCAAGAGGUGAAGUUUGAGCAAGAGUCCAAAAUCAUGUUCGUGGUGAACGCCGUCUAUGCCAUGGCACAGGCCCUCCACAAUAUGUACCAGGCACUGUGCCCCAAUGUCACUCAGGUUCUGCCCCACUAUGAAACCGCCCAAUGGACGACGCCUCUAUCGGGACUACAUCCUCAGCGUGAAGUUUGACGCUCCCUUCCCUCCUCCAGACACCAGCAACACGGUGAGAUUCGACAAAUUUGGAGAUGGAAUCGGCCGUUACAAUAUCUUCAAUUUCCAGAACACGGAUGGUCAUUACCACUACGAGAAGGUCGGCUACUGGGCCGAAGAGCUGACGCUCAACACAAGCCUCAUCCCUUGGUCCCGCAGCUCGGUGCCUGUGUCCCAGUGCAGCGACCCCUGCAAGAAGAACGAGGUGAAAAGCAUGCAACCUGGAGAUGUCUGCUGCUGGAUCUGCAUCCCCUGCCAACCGCAUGAGUACCUCCUGGACGAAUUCACCUGUAGGGACUGCGGCCUUGGCUACUGGCCCAAUGAGGAUCUGAAGGACUGUUUCGAGUUGCCGCAGGAGUAUAUACGCUGGAGUGACGCCUGGGCGUUGGGGCCGGUCUGCCUGUCCUGCUUGGGGCUCAUCUCUACGCUCUUUGCGUUUUGGGUGUUCAUACAGAACAACAAUACCCCAAUAGUCAAGGCGUCUGGACGCGAACUUUGCUACAUCCUGCUGAGCGGCGUGCUUCUCUGCUACGCCAUGACCUUCGUAUUGAUUGCCAAACCCUCCACCAGCGUCUGCACCCUUCGACGCCUUGGGCUCGGAACGUCUUUUGCUAUUUGUUAUUCGGCCUUGCUCACCAAGACCAACCGCAUCGCCCGAAUUUUCAACGGAGCUCAGGAUGGUGUCCAGCGGCCCAGGUUCAUAAGUCCGGCCUCUCAAGUAGGCAUCUGCCUGGCCCUCAUCUCCUGCCAGCUCUUGGUGGUGGUGGUCUGGCUUCUUCUGGAGCCGGCCGGGACUCGUAAGGACACCGCACCAGAUAAGAGGUAUGUGGUGACCCUGAAGUGUAACAGCCGAGAUGGAAGCAUGCUCCUGUCAUUGUCCUACAACGUCCUGCUCGUCCUUCUAUGCACGCUCUACGCGUUCAAGACGCGAAAGUGCCCGGAGAACUUCAACGAGGCCAAGUUCAUCGGUUUCACCAUGUAUACCACCUGCAUCAUCUGGUUGGCGUUUCUACCCAUCUUCUACGUCACCUCCAGUGACUACAGGGUUCAGACCACCACUCUGUGUGUCUCGGUCAGUCUCAGUGGCUCGGUGGUCCUAGGAUGCCUCUUCACCCCAAAACUUCACAUCAUCAUGUUCCAGCCACAGAAAAACGUCACCAGUCACCGUAGUGCCACCAACCGAUUCAGCGCCACUGGAGCGGGUGGAUCCCACAGCUCCACCGUGCAGUACGUUCCCACCGUGUGCAAUGGUCGUGAGGUGGUGGACUCCACUACAUCGUCCCUGUAA